AUGAAGCGCAAACUGGAUGCAAACGACGUGCCGUCCCCCGAGCUUGCGGGGACGGAUGAGCAGGAAUUCGACUUUGAGGCCUUGAACCUCGAUCCGCGUCUACGCCAGGCCCUGAUUAAGGAAAAUUUCAGCAAGCCGACUCUCAUCCAGGCGAAGGCGAUUCCGCUGGCACUUGAAGGAAAGGACAUUCUGGCUCGUGCGAAAACUGGCUCUGGAAAGACCGCUGCCUAUGUCCUCCCCGUCCUCCAAUCCAUCCUCCAACAAAAAUCUGCCGACCCCUCAUUGAAAGCCACCACCGGCCUCAUUCUUGUCCCGACUCGCGAGCUUGCUGAGCAGGUCCAAAAAGUCAUCAUCUCUUUCACAGCCUUCUGCGGCAAGGAUGUCCGAUCCAUCAACCUCACCCAGAAGGUGUCCGAUGCCGUGCAGCAGACCAUGCUUGCCGAUUUCCCAGAUUUGAUCGUUUCCACACCCACUCGAGUCCUAGCCAAUGUCAACAAUUCCGCUCUGUCGCUCGAGAAGCUUACUCACCUUGUGAUUGAUGAGGCCGACUUGGUUCUUUCUUACGGAUACGACGAGGAUAUUAAUGCUCUGUCGAAGGCCAUACCCCGUGGGGUGCAGACCUUCCUCAUGAGUGCCACUCUCACCUCCGAGGUUGAUACUUUGAAGAGCCUGUUUUGCCGCAGCCCGGUGAUUCUCAAGCUGGAGGACAAGGAAGAGAAGGGUGCUGAAGUCAGCCAGUUCGUUGUUAGAUGUGCGGAAGAUGAGAAGUUCCUGCUUACAUAUGUCAUUUUCAAGCUACAGCUGGUCAAGGGAAAGGUUAUUAUCUUUGUUGGCGACGUGGACCGGUGCUACCGCGUGAAGCUCUUCCUGGAACAAUUUGGUAUCAAGUGCUGCGUUCUCAACUCUGAGUUGCCAAUCAAUUCACGACUCCAUGUUGUCCAAGAAUUCAAUAAGGGCGUCUACGAUAUCAUCAUCGCCGCGGAUGACCAGGAGGUUAUGGGGACGCCCAAACCAUCCAAGAAGGCCCGUGAAGCCGACGCAGAUGCCGAAGAGAAGGAGGAAAUUGGCAGCAGCGAAGACGAGGAAGAACCCGAGGAGUCGAGCGGCAAGCAAAAGUCCAAGCGCCGCAAGAUGACCAACAAGGAAAAGGACUAUGGUAUCUCGCGUGGAAUCGACUUCCAGAAUGUCGCCUGCGUCCUUAACUUCGACCUCCCCACAACCUCGAAAUCCUAUACCCACCGCAUUGGGCGUACCGGGCGCGCUGGCAAGGCCGGCAUGGCACUCUCAUUCGUCAUCCCGGCCGACCAAUACGGCAAGCACAAGCCUACUUCGACCACCACCUCCAAGAAGGACGAGGCAGUCGUCGCCAAGAUCAUCAAGCGUCAAGCCAAGCUUGGCAAUGAGGUCAAACCGUACCAUUUCGAGAUGGCGCAGGUCGACGCCUUCCGCUACCGUAUGACUGACGCCCUGCGCGCAGUCACUCGCCUCGCUGUGCAAGAGGCUCGUGCUCGUGAGAUCCGUCAGGAGCUGAUCAAAAGCGAGAAGCUGAAGCGCCAUUUUGAAGAGAACCCUGACGAGCUGCGCCAACUGCGCCAUGAUGGCGAAUUGCGCGCUGCCCGCGUCCAGCCGCAUCUGAAGCAUGUGCCAGAGUAUCUGAUGCCAGCCAAGGGGCGAAAAGGUAUCUCCAAGGAAGAGGUGGGAUAUGUCGGUUUCACGAAGACAAAUGUGAACCGCAUUCGCAAGGCCCGUGAGCGCAACCGUGGUCGUGCGAAGGGCAAAAAGACUUCCGGAAAGGUCGAUCCUCUGAAGACGUUUAAUCGGGGCCGCAAGUAA